CCAGGCGAUGGAUAAAAAACGCUGUGUUCUGAAUUAUAGUAUACAAAAAAAUUGAACUUUGGAAAGAAGAACAUUUUCAGUAUAUUGGUCCAUCUAACAAAUAUAACUUUUGAGCAACUGGUUGCAUGAGUUACACAUGCUUCAAAAAAAAAAGUAUUUAGAAACGAUAUUAGUAAAAAAUACAUUUAUCGAUAAAGGAUUUUUAUAGGGUUGAAAGUAAAAGUUGAAAUUAUUCAAUGUAAUACUGUGGUGUGGUAAAUGAAAUGAUUGGCAAUGUAUCAGAUCUUUUUUAAAUCAAACUAGCCUUCGACAGCCAUUUUUCCGCCCAGUAAAUAUGGCCGUCUAAGCAACAAGAAUUUUUCUAUUAUUUUUACCUGGAGUACAUAUUGUCAUUCUAGAAAAAGUGAAUUAAGUAUAAUUUAAUGCGCUUACAAAAGCGUUGAAUAACCCACUCCCAAUACCAGUAUGCCCUACAUUACUUAUGUCGUCAUGGGGUAAAAUUAAUUUGACGACGUUUCAUGGCGUGUGACAUAUAACCUAACGUUUUAUCCUCCGAGCUUCUUAUGAACAAACUCUUUAUAUUAAUUAUCUAUAUGUGCAAUUCGAAGAAACAAUCACUGUUUAUUAAUAUCUGAGAUAUCAUGUUUCUUGUGAAGUGAUACGCGUGCCUAGAGUAUUUAUACGACCGCCUUUUUAUUAUUAUUUACUAAUCUCAUGCCUACAUGUAGUUCGAGAAUACAAUAUAGUUUCGUAUAAAAACAUUUAUAAAUAAUGUCCGCAGAUUAUAAAUACGCUAUAAUUAAUCCUUCAUUCAAUUAAUCGAUGACACGUUCGUUUUGACACACAACUUAAUGUGAUGUUGAUUCUUUAUAAAACCAUUCCUUAUUGUAAAGAAUAAUUAUUACCACUUUUGGGACUAAUUGAAGUUUACUUGAGAACAAGAAUUAUGCAAAAUUGAGCUGAAGGUAUUUGAUAGCUAAGUGUAUAAAAUUAUGUACUUAGUCAUAUUAUACAUUACUGUAAUACAGAGUAUAGCAUGGGUGUAUCGCUAAUUGAUUGUGUUUCAUGUAUUACAUACUACGCACAGUUUCAGUGUACCCACAUGCAUCGAUCCCUUUAACUCUAAAUCCUUUAUGAUAUUGAUAACUAUGCUGAAUGUAAUAUAUUGCAGUGCAAGUGUAAGUUGGUGAGGUAUAGUGCAUUUUACUAAAUGUAUCUCAUUGUGCACAGUGAGUGUGUUAAAUAGUUACGGAAGAUAUUUACCUUUUUAAUUUUUAUCCUUUGAUUUUAAAGUUUAUACAGAGUUACGUGCCACACCAAAUUACAUUAAAAGCUUAGACACUUUUAAUCAAAGUGCCAUGUAACAAAGAGCUUUUAAUUGUAACUACCUUUGUUUAAGUGUUGAAAACUAUGCUGAAGUAUUUUAGUGUUUAUAGAAAAAUUCAACACUUUUCUUAGUUUACCAGCUUUUUGUUUGUGAUAUUACAACGCAAUGGAUGAAAGGCGUGUUGCUGAUUACUUUGUCGUUGCGGGCCUACCAGGCCAGGAUGAUGACAAUUGUGCCCAAGAAGAUGAUGUAUACGAUAAUUUGGAGGACUGGUAUCAAGAAGGAACACAUCUUAAGGAUAUGCAUAUGGAAGCUCCAAUUACAGAUUUGGCAGUUAUUUUUCCAGCCCUUGGGGAGCAGUGCCCCGAGGGCUAUACACUAUUGGCAUACACGGUAUCAGGCAUUCCUGCUGACUUAAAUCAUGGAAGUUUAAGAACUAACGAAUGUUACUUAUGCUAUAGAAGAGGACGAGAUAAACCACCCUUAGUCGAUAUAGGUGUUAUAUAUGAUGGAAAAGAACGCAUAAUGCAAGAUGCAGAAAUGGUAAUAGAGACUCCUAACGGAUAUGUUGCAAAUGUAAACAAUUCUACGUCGAGAAUUUUUGUAACAUACAGACGUGCAAGUCCAAAAAUGCCUUGCAAUUCCCUCGUUGUCACAGACAUUUGUGUUAUCUUAACAAACAAGGGAGAAAGUGCUCCGCAUGCAUUCUGUGUCAUAUCAAAAAAUUUAAACAAAGGCAUGCUAGGAUCCGACGUAUUCCUAUGUUAUAAAAAGUCCAUGAAUCGUGCCAAUCUCAUAUCGUUCAAGCCAGCAAUAUUAUACAAGUAUCCUACCACCGAUUACGAUAGCUUUGCUUUCCCACACUCGGUAGCUAUGUUCUGUUUACCAAUGGGUGCAACUAUCGAGUGUUGGCCAAAAGUGGCCUGCAAACCAAAACCUGUCUUCUCAACGUUUGUCCUAACAGUCGCGGACGCAGCGCAAAAGAUAUACGGCUCUGCCAUUACUUUUUACGAAGAAGUUACGCCCGAGUCGAACAUUCCUAUUUCUAAAGAGAAUCUUGAUAUAAUUGAACGAACAGAAGAGAAUUCGAAGGAAGACAAGAAUACUAUCAUCUCAGAAAAUAAUCUUCAAGAAAAGCCGAGAUCUGUAAAGAAAUUUGGUAUACUAAGUAAGCUCAAUCAGACGCAACUGGAAAAAUUGCAGUACACGGAUCCAACCGAACAAUCAUUGAAUAUAAGCAAGUCCAUAUGCAUAUUAUCACAUUGGCCAUUUUUUGAUACAUUUGAGAAGUUUCUGGGUUUUCUCCAUAACAUGGUUAAUGAGAGGCAGCAAAAUGUUCCUAUAGAAAAGUAUAUAUCGUACUUUCUUUGCGACAUACCGUUUCCCAGCCCACAGAGACCAAGAAUCCUUGUACAACUCAGUACACAUGACAGAUUAAUUCUAACACAACCGGAAGAUCUGGCACUGCCAAGAUCGGGUGCAAGUUUUCGGCAACUGCUAAUUAAUCUCGGCCCAGAUAAUUGCAUGUUGAUUUUAUUGUUAAUACUGACGGAACAAAAAAUUCUUGUGCACUCGUUAAGACCAGACGUGCUUACUUCAGUAAGCGAAGCAAUUGCUAUGAUACUAUUUCCAUUUAAGUGGCAAUGCCCAUACAUACCAUUGUGUCCGUUGGGUUUAGCAGAGGUUUUGCACGCUCCAUUACCUUUCCUGAUUGGUGUCGAUUCAAGAUUCUUUGAUUUGUACGAUCCUCCAUCCGAUGUAAACUGUGUCAAUUUGGAUACCAACAAUAUAGCGAUUUGUGACGAUAAAAAGCAUUUAAAUGUUAAAUUGCUGCCUAAGAAAGCAGCCCGAAUGUUGAAAAAUAAACUCGAGGAGCUUCACAUGAAGUUGAUCUCCUUGGGAAAGACGUACUCAUCCCAAAAAGAACGAGGCGAUGAGGACUUCAGCGUGGAUAAAGAGUUUCAGCAAAAACGAAAGGAACAAGCUCUGGAACUAGAAAUACAAGAUGCUUUUCUUCGAUUCACUGCGCUUAUAUUAAAAGGAUACCGUACAUAUUUGUUACCCAUUACAAAGGCACCCACUGUGGGAUCCACCGAUCCAACGAGUUUAUUCAACAUGCAAGCCUUUUUGAGAAGUCGUGAUAAAGCUCACGCCAAAUUUUACAGUAUGCUUGUGAGAACACAAAUGUUCAUUAGAUUCAUCGAGGAACGAAGUUUUGUCUCGGACAUGGACAUGGCAGGAUUAGCCUUUUUCGACGAAUGUACUGAACGAGUUGAAGAAGAAAACGUAACGUUAUUGGAAUUGGAUGAAUCACAACACAGUGAACGCACUGUAUUCAUCCCGCCUCCUGAGGCAGGACCAAAUCAGCCGCCAUUGAUAUACAAAUCGUUUAGGUUGAACCCCAAUCUCAUGAGACCCCAAAAGACUCUAAGUUUAAAGAAUCCAGCCUUGAGUGCCUUUGGUAUGGUGCCUGGAAGUCCUAUGGCACGCAGGACAAAGCAUGAAAUUAAAGUUGCCCAAAGAAUGGCUCGAAAGCAGGCGGCGAUGCCAGACAGAUGGGGUAGAUGUUUAUUUUCCACCUGUUAUAGUCUUUGGUUUUUACAUUUACCAGCUAUGCUGCAAGUAUCCAAUCAGGCCGCCGCAAUUUUACAUCAGGCAUACGAGGUUCUUGUAAAAUUACAGAAACUGGGUCUGGAUCCGAUGGAAGAAGUCUGCUACAGAGCAAUGAUGCAACUUUGCGGUGUUUAUUCGCAACCCGUGUUAGCCGUUAAAUUACUUUUCCAUAUGAAGCGCAGUGGUGUUCAACCUAACGCGUUAACAUAUGGGUUUUAUAAUAAGGCUGUCUUGGAGGCAACAUGGCCCUCAGACAUGACAAACUCGAGUCAAUUAAUGUGGAACAAAUUACGAAACGUAAUCUUGGGCGCCGCAUUAUUUAAGAAGGCAGGGAAAAGGAGUGCCAGAAGAAGACUCUGUUCCAAUGCCGAUCUUCUGAGCAGCGAUGGAAAGGGUCAGGGUCUGGAACAUGCUAUAUCGAGAUCGAGCUUGGAUAGCGCUCAUUCACAAGACACAGAAGCAGCUCGCAGUGAUUCGUUGAAAGGCAGCUCUGUCCCUGACUUACCCGCGUUUGGAUUAGACGAAAUGAAAAAGAAGUUUCUUCGACAAAAUAGUAUAGUGAAAGAUCAAGGAGCUCUAAGUACAUCAGAACCAGAAGCACUUGAUCAAUCUCCCCACAAUAACCCACGGAUGUCGCGCAACGUGGAAUCGCCAUUAAAAAGUCCUGUCCGUACCCCUGUAACAGAAAAUGAUCCGUUAGGAGCUUUAAUCAAUGAUGACACUCCAGUUGUGUCGCCGUCUGAAGAGAAUGACUCAAACUGCUCCACGAGUACCUUGACAGUCCUGAAUAACACCAUCGACGAGCGACCUGGUGGACCCCUUCUAUUCAGAAGCAAUGUGUUGCCGAGAAGUGCAACGUUUCACCAGGCGGUAGAUGAAGCAGGUGCAACUGUUGGAAGUCACCUGCAGAGAAGCGAAACUAUGCCUCAUUCGGUUGCCCAACAAGGCGAACAAGAGAGGGAUCGCGAAAGACUGGAAAUCAGCAGCCUUUGGGCACAAAACAAAGACAGUGUCGCAUCAAGCUUAUCCAGUUUGGGAUCCAGUCUCAAACUCAGCUUUGGACGAUAUUCCACUGGCAAGCUGGCAUUUGUUAAACAUAAGGAAUUACUAUCGUCGAACCAACUUGAAUCUCUUAGUCUCGUCUCCAAUUACAUCAGCCCCUCCAGCUUAACCGGAAAGAAAUCUAAUGAGCUAAUUCUGGGCGGCUUGAACAGUUUGAAAUCAGCAGCAACAACGGUAGUGAAGAAAUUCGACGAGAUAAAAGAAGCAAUUUCUGCAACUAGCACACCGAUAAAAAUGAAAGAACGCGAACAAAGAUUAGCAUACGGAAUUUCUCACGAAUCGUUAGAUUCACUCACAGACGGAUCUCAGCAAGAUCGCAACGAGGUGCCUGCCAGAAUUUCUGGUGAUUUGAGUGUAGAUCUGAGUUCGAUAUACGAACUCGCAGAGUGUCUAUAUCCAAAAGGUUCUCGAGAGCUGGAGGAACGCCUUGCCAUAGAGUUGAUCCUCUCUACAGCUAGUAGAUGUCAUCACUGCGCUGCUGUUUUAUACGAUGAGGAAAUUAUGGCUGGCUGGCAACCUGAGGAUUCUAAUCUGAACACAAUUUGUCAGUUCUGUGAUAAGGCCACCGUCCCACUUCUGACAGUAACGAUACUGGACUACAGAUGCGAAAAAGGCAAACGAGUUAAUGAUCCUUUGACUGGAGCAUUAAUUCAGCUCUUAGAAGAACCAAAAGAAAUGCCUGAACCCAUUACGGUACCGUAUCUUAAUCCAUUAGUACUCCGAAAAGAAUUGGAAAAUGUAUUGAGUCAAGAAGGUGACUUAUGUUUAACCAAACACAAGUUCAUUGAAGAACAUCCAAUUGUCUACUGGAAUCUUAUUUGGUACUUUGAACGAAUCAAUCUGACCAGUCAUCUCCCAGAGUUGUGGCUAAGCAAUGACGACGAUAAAGAAAUCCAAAGUAAUACAGGCCUGGUGGGAGUGAGAACAAUGUGGGAUAACGAGAGGUUACAUAUGGAUCGGUUACCUAUGUACAUUCAAUGGAAAGCUAAUAAUACAGAAGACAGAACAUUGAUGCAGUCAGUGAUAACGCAUGUGCGUCGCAACGAUUUGGGGGAACCUAUUAAAAAAGUGGCUUUGGAGAGAAGUAAACAUCAAGUAGAGGAACAGGUUCCAUUUUCUAUUUACAGAGACAUUCUCUUCUUGGCUUUUACAAUACUUGGCAGAGGAAAUAUUGAUCAGGGGAUAUUUGAUAAAGAAUAUUAUGCCGCGUUAGAAAAAUUAACAGAGAACGAAGAGAACUUACUAAGGAGUACGGAUGCUCCCCCAACAAUGAUGGCACUUUACUGUAGACAUUACUUUAAGCAGUUAAACGUAUAGAAAUAAUACAAACGAUAUUUUUUAAACGUCAAUCGUUAGACAUACUGUGAGCGAUACGAAUGUCCGUCUCGUAAAUAAUUGUUAAAAGGUAUAUCCGACAAUUUUUGAAAUUUACCUGUAUGCUACCAUCAUAACCCUAGAACGAUACACUGGGUGUCACACAUAUAACACUAAGUGUACCUUUAGUGAUCAGAUGCAGAAGUGUACCGUUGUAAAGUUAAAAUCAGCAUACAAGUAAGAUCCGAAAGUCCUGAUCAAGUAAAAUUUCAGAAAUACUGUUAAAAUAAUCGGUCGUUCAAGCGACUAUCAAUCAUGAAACAUCACAUUCAGUUACGGUUUUUUUCGGAUUUUUUGCUCUUUUUUUUAGUAUUAUUCAACAACAACAAUUACUCCCCUCGUCCGUAUAAUUCUGUCCAUUAGUAAGCACUACGUCACAAUACAUAUAUUACAGCCACAAUGCUGUUGCAUUACGAAGACUUAAAAGUAAAGACCUACGGUUCUAUGAAAUAUUAUGUUCUCCAUCGUCAUAUAUGUAAUUGAUUCCUCUUUUUUUUUGCAAAUUAAAUUCGAUGGCCAUGCACAUUCAACUUCUAAUCACUAAUCAAUUUUGCAUAGUUGCGUCUAAGAGUACGAUGUGGGAAAGCGCUAGGUACCAAAGAACGUGUAGACAGAUUUAACGUCUAGUUCUUCUAUUCCCUCCAGGUACAUAUUGUGACCAUACGUACCGUUCAGCUUGAUCAGUAAUCUCAUUAGCAUGACACGUAAUAUUGUCACGUCGGUAUUAAAGAGACUAUCAAUGAGGAUAUUAACUUUUCUAUUUAAAAGAUUGUCAUUGUCUCUAGAUGUCGUGUAGGACAAUUGAAGUUGUGUUCCUUUUGACAUGUGGUAUUCUUUCCCUUAUACUCUUAGAUAGAACAACUAUGCCUCUUAUGACAUGACCAACGUGGUAGGUAUUCAUUUUUAUUAUGUCCAUAGCCUCAGGUUCUACGAUCGGAAAGCAUCUAAUCUAAAAAUGUGAAAACUUAUAUUCGGGCUGUGGAAUAUGAAAGUCGUUUCUAAUCGUAUGCCGUUUCCUUCACAAUAUCUAAUUACUCGAGAACUACGGAGCAUUACAAACACUAUUAUUUCUGUGUUUGGAUUCCGAUACCAGGUCCAAGGCAAAGUUAUAUAUAUAUUAUAUAAGAAUAUAAAACAUUUAUUGAAAACGAUAUAUGAUCGAAUGCCAAAGCAAUUAAAGAAUUUUCUUCUGUUCUUUCCGAUCUUAAAACUCUUCACUUUGGAUAGUGCAAACAGAUGUAUAUUCAUUCAUUAUUGUAUCGAGGAUAUAUAUAAAGUAAGUAAAUAAAAAAACAGUUGAGGUAUUUUAUAAAAAUUGUAUAUUCAUUUUUACGAAUUCCGUUCAUUGCGACUUGUCGUUAAUUGUUGAGCGACGCUAGGUAAUACAAAAAUGUGGCGCGAUUGCCAACGAAUAAAAGAUAGCUUAUUUAUGGACAAAGAGAUAAAAACAUCUAAAACGUCCAGAAGUUAAGGAUCAUAAGUAGUUGGAUGUCUUCACAAAAUCAUGGUGUUGCUGCUACACAUUGUGAUUACUAUUGGAAUUGUAUUAAGAAUUAAAUUUAUUUUUUCGACCUUAAAAUUAAAAAUACAAAAUUGUCCUAGGCUAUAUACAGCUGUAAAAUAGCUUAAUAACACUUUAUUGUAAAUUGUAACCAGAACUUCAUUUAAAUUACUGGGAACGUUCAUCAUUUGGGCCUAGAA